GGAAGAUGCAGGCUGUGAGAUAAGGAGCGGGGCUGUCGGCUGUGGCUGUGUGCUUCCAGACAACAAUAGGGAGUGAUUGUAUUCCUCCUGAGCCUCAUAUUGGAGGCAUAAUGGCUGUGUCCAUUGCAAGACUGGCCUCAGACCUGCGUCUGGAGCAGACAGCUUGCGUUUAGUUUUCCAGCUCUUUGGAGAGAAAGGUGGUUGCUCUAUAGCAAGCGAGCAAGGCUGUGUCAAAGGUAUUUUUAAACGUGUGUGAGGGCAUCAGAAUGUUAAGACUGGGUGGCAACACCAUCACAUCUGUUUGUGCUUCUUGUCGUUUCAUUUAUUAAUAUGGCAGAAAACUGCUUUGCAGCGUGGAAUUGCUGAAGGACCUUUAGCUACAUUUUGUAGCUUUGAUUUUGAUACUGGCUUCGUACCAGGUUGCAAAUAAAACAAAAUCUACUGUUGCCUCAUAAUUAAUUUGUGAGGCGGAGGUACUGUUUGGCUUUUUUUUUUUCCCCCUAUGCUAAUUCAGCAGGUAGUUCUGUGAGACUGCAUCUCCGUAGGUCUGUGUGACCAGUUUGGCCAGUAGGACUUGUCUGCAGUGGGACAUCCAGGAGCUCUCAGGCUGCCUGUGGCUAUUAAUGGCAGGGGAGGAGUGGGAUGGGGUGGCUGCCCAGGCACCUCCCUGCAGGAAAACAACCAAACAAAGAUAUUAAAGGGAAUCGUGUUCUAACUAGUUGUGCUGAUGGUGCUUCUGACAAGUUAAAUUGUAACUGCUAGCGUGUGCCUUUGGGAUUGGUGGUUAAUGUUGCACAGACUGCAAGUUCGGGGUGGUGUUUUUACCUUCUGAGGGGAUUUUUUUAAAUGGAAGAACUUUAUUAAUGUUCCUUUCUGUGGAGCUGUCAUGUGUCGUUUAUGUAGGGUAUGUGAGGCAGCAGGAUAGGAGCUACGUGUGGUUUGCUGCCUGGGGACUUAUUUUUGAAUACCAUUUAGGAGUGUCUAUGAAAAGUGAAGAGGAAACAGAUGAGGACCAAGAGGGACCCCAGCUGAAUGCACAACUAGAAGGCUGGCUUUCUCAAGUACAGUCCACAAAGAGACCUGCUAGAGCCAUUAUUGCACCCCAUGCAGGAUAUACCUAUUGUGGAUCUUGUGCAGCCCAUGCUUACAAGCAAGUAGAUCCUAAUAUUACCCGAAAAAUUUUCAUUCUUGGGCCUUCCCAUCAUGUGCCCCUCUCCCGAUGUGCACUUUCCAGCGUGGACAUUUAUAGAACACCUCUGUACGAUCUCCGAAUUGACCAAAAGAUUUAUGGAGAACUGUGGAAGACCGGAAUGUUUGAGCGUAUGUCUUUACAGACAGAUGAAGAUGAACACAGUAUUGAAAUGCAUUUGCCUUAUACUGCUAAAGCCAUGGAAAGCCAUAAGGAUGAGUUUACUAUUAUUCCUGUGUUGGUCGGAGCACUGAGUGAGGCAAAAGAGCAGGAAUUUGGAAAACUCUUCAGUAAAUACCUAGCAGAUCCUAGUAACCUCUUUGUGGUUUCUUCUGACUUUUGCCACUGGGGUCAGAGGUUCCGUUACAGUUACUAUGAUGAAUCCCAAGGAGAAAUUUAUAGAUCCAUUGAGCACCUAGAUAAAAUGGGUAUGAACAUUAUAGAGCAGCUAGAUCCUGUAUCUUUUAGCAAUUACUUGAAGAAAUACCAUAAUACAAUAUGUGGAAGACAUCCUAUUGGCGUAUUAUUAAAUGCUAUCAAUGAGCUCCAGAAGAAUGGAAUGAAUAUGAGCUUUUCAUUUUUGAAUUAUGCUCAGUCAAGCCAGUGUCGAAACUGGCAAGACAGCUCAGUGAGUUACGCAGCUGGAGCACUUAUGGUUCACUGAACUGCUGAAUGCUCAGGGAUGGCACCUGCACACACUCUGUAUACGGGGUCCCAGCCUAGCCCUUACAAAGAUACAGUCCCUGGUCUUUGGGUAUACUGAAACCUCAAACUAAUAGAACUUUCUUCUUUUCUAGUAGGUGUAGUCCUUCCUUAGUUUCAACUCAUUUAAAAAUGCUUUCUUGUUUAGGACAAUGGAAGGAAGAGUGGUAUCAAAACAUUCUGUGAUUUUUCUUUUUUUAGGAAAGAUAAUAGCUGUGAAGGUAUGGGUGGCAGACAGUCCUUACAAAUGCAACAUGUAAAGCAUUUACCAUAUCCUAAAUUUGCACUCUUUGCAGACCUGUGCACAUGUACUCAGCUUUCAGAAUAGUUUUGCAAGUUGUAAAUGGGGGAAAAAGGAGUGGAAGCUUUUUAAUAAAAGGAAAAAAAGGAAAACAACGCAUUUAUAAAUGAUCCUGUAUUAGAAUAUAAUAAAACUCCAGUAUAGUCAGUUACUACCCGUGAUGUACGACAGAUAUCUUCUAUUUUAGUUGCUAAUAAAGGGCUACACAAACCAAAA